AUGACUGCGCCGAUCCCGGAUCUUCCGAUCCUCGCCGAAGACGACUCGAUGCUGUCGCGCAGGUUCGGCCGCGAGGUUGCCAACUACUUUUCCGGCAGUCCACUGAAUCGAGUCUCUUGGCUGCGCACCGAUCACGCCUUCCUCAGCGCCGCCUUCGCCCACCCCAAGGCGUCGUUCCUGCUCUUGGACAAUCUGUCGCCGCUGGCCAAGGACUUGACAACUCUGGCUUAUGUCGGCAAAAACGACGUGCUACCCCUGACGGGACCGGAACCGUUCAAGAGGUCGGAGGAGGACGUGAUCAAGCAGUUCAACUCCAACAUCACCCAGCCCCUCAUCUUGUUUCUCGGCAUUGAUGAGAAGAAGAAUGGCUUUGAGUACCGCGGAUACAAGGGCAAUCCCUACUUCGCCGUCGAUGUAACGCCGAAAGGCUCCGUUGAAGAGAAAGCCAAGGGCGUGGUAGAAGCCGCCAAGGCGAAGGGUGGCCAGUCUUUUAUCCCUGGAACGAGACUCAUGACCUUGAAUGCUCCCGAAGCUGCAAUAUAUGCUCAGGCGCGUGCGCUUCUCGACUGGAACGCAAGGAACCCCUUCUGCGGCGGAUGUGGUCAACGUACUAUGAGCAUCAACGCCGGGACGAAACGGGUCUGCCCAUCCACAGAUCUCGCCGACGCCCCCGAAGGCGGCGAGCCCAAGAAGCGCGCAGACUGCCCUACACGGCACGGCAUUAGCAACUUGUGCUUCCCGCGGACGGACCCGACAGUCAUUAUGGCUAUCGUCUCGGCCGACGGCACGAAGCUGCUCCUCGGUCGCGGCAAGCGGUAUCCGCCGCUCUGGUACAGCACGCUAGCCGGCUUCCUGGAGCCGGGCGAGUCGAUCGAAGAGGCGGUGCGCCGCGAGUCGUGGGAGGAGAGCGGCGUCACCGUCGGCCGCGUCGUCAUCCACAGCUCGCAGCCCUGGCCGUACCCGGCAAACCUGAUGAUCGGCGCCAUCGGCCAGGCGACGCCCGACGGCGAGACCAUCAACCUCGGCAACGAUCCGGAGCUUGAAGAUGCCAAGUGGUACCCCUUCGGCGAGGUGCGGGAGGCCCUCGACCUCAAAGUAUCGUUUGGGGACGAGGCGCCCAAGGGUGCUAAGGAGGGCGGCCUGCGCCUGCCGCCGCAGACGGCGAUUGCGAACCGCUUGAUCAAUGCUGUGCUGGCCGGGUAUUUGGGUGCGGCGCCUAAGAUUUGA